ACUCUUGUAUCACAUUCGUUUGUACUGCUUUUUUUUACUCCUUUUUUCCUUAUCCCGUCGCAAAGCAUUUUACGACACUUUUCUUGAAUAGGCUUUUACCUUCCUGUUUUGCAUUUAUAUUUUAUUUUCUAUAUAUUAGGUAUUAUAGAAUGACACCAGAUUUGACAAGUAAUGAAGAAAAUUCUAGAUUAAGGAACAUUGCUCAAGAACUUUGUAAUCAACUUGCAAUUAACAGGGAACAAACUAAAUUAUAUAAAAAGCAAAUCAAUGAAUUAAAGGGUAGAGUUGAGGAAUGUGGUGGUCCUUUAUAUAGGCAAAAUUAUCGAGGUCCACCAUUUGAUACUGGAACAGAUAUUGAAAGACAAAAUUCUCAGCUAAUUUAUCAAAAUCAAACAUUAAAUGAAGAAAAUGCAGCAUUAACAGCGAUUGUCAAAGAAUAUGAACAAUCAUUAAAAACUAUUAUGAUGAAAUUCAGAUAUCAGGCUUAUGAAAUACAACAAAGUAAAUUGGAAAUGCAACGAAAUUAUGAAAUAUUAUUGGAAGAACAACGGGCAGCGACGGCACAAGUAUUGUCCGAGAAUGCGUUAUUACAGUCACAUCUUUCAAAUCUAGGAAAUUUAGUUAGAGAAGCGUAUAAUGCGCAGUCUGAUACCGAAACCGAUAUUUUAGUAAACAGUUUAAUUACAGAAAAUCAAGGACUAAGACAAAUGUUGAAGAUUGCAGAUGGAUCUGGAUUUUCAACGUCAUCAUCGGUAGUUCGAGAAGAGGAGAAUAAUGUAACUGGACAAGAGGGAUAAAUUUGACAAAAGAUUAAUUUUUAUAGUAAUAAUAACUAUAUAAAAAGGAGGGAACCCCGAAAAAAUUGAGUUAUGAAAGAGUUAAAGAAGAAUUGCGGAAGAGUUGUAGAAGAACUAUGGAAGAGUGUGAAAGAGUGUGAAGAAGAAUUGAGGAAGGGUUGACGAAGCAAAAAAAGUAUAGAUUAGCGUAAAGAAACUAUUAAUAUAUAAUAUUUAGUAGAUUAAGCAACUCUAGACUGUCAAUUUAUUUUAAUUGUAAAUUAUUUAAUGAAAUA